AAAAAGCCGAAAAUGAGGUCAGCUUGUACCUGAUCCCCCAGGCAGUUUUCUCUUCACAUUUCUUGACUAGUCUUAAUCUAGAGAAAGUGAGAAUCAAUUUAAGUUCUAGAGUUAGUGAUGAUGAUCCUAUUACCCUGCCAUCAAUGCAUGUCGCUCAAAGAGAUUGAUUUCGAAGACGAAAUUGAUGUCUUGCUUUCGGGCUGCCCUCGUCUGGAGGACUUGGAAUUGAAUCUGUGUAAUGUUCCCAGGGAUCUUGAUAUCUCGAGUGUGAGUCUUUCAGAAUUGGAAAUCUCGAACUGCCACGCUGUGGAUUUUGAAGUAAACUGUAAAAAUCUUGCGAUUUUCGUGUUCCGUUCCGAGUGUUCCUGUGCACAUCAUGAUGAUGAAGCUCUGUUUUUGUGGGAAUGUGGCAACCUGCUGUUUCUUUAUGUUACUGGUGUGGGGUUGAAACAACUUCAUUUGCUUGGAUGUGAACAGAGUAUGGAGAAUCACAUUUACACUCCAAGUCUGGUGUAUUUUUUCUUUAGCGGAGUUGUCGAGGCCAAGAUCCAUUUUAAGCAAUUGCCACCAGGUUUGUUGGAUGCUACAGUCAGAAUCACUAAUCUGUGGUGGUCCUUUGAAUAUUAUUCGUUUCUGAGAGACUUUCUUGGAAGUUUCGAUUGCUGCAGAGAACUGGAGAUAGAGAUUCGUGAUGCUGAGGUAUUAUUCAAUCUCGUCUUCAAUUCGCCUCUUGUUUAAAGGAUAUUUUGCAUUCUUUUUACUGCACAUAGCUGUCUCUCAGUCUUACUUUUCGUUAAUCAUGCAUGUAUGAACUGUAUUCCCUUGAACACCUACAAGGUGCAAUGUCAAAAAGAAGUCAUCAUGUUUGAUAUAUUUGUAUUUCGUACUGCACUUCCCAGUUGUUUUACCUUUCGCAAGGU